ACAGCGAUGUCGAGAACGAGGAACGCGAGUACGCCGAGGACGAGCUCGACUCGUCAAUCCCCCUCUCCAGCAGUAAGAAAGCCAACGGCACAAACAACACCGACGACGACGACGACGACGACGACGACGAGAUCGGGAUAGAAGACCUCCAGCGCGCAGCAAGGAAGAUCAAGUUUUCGAAAAUGCCGGCCCGCGAUAAAGACCGCAUCCCCGACGUCGACCAAAUGCUCUCGACCUACAUCACCCACCAGCACAAGUCCGCCGCGACGACCGCGACCAUCCCCGACGCGUCCCCGUCUUCCUACUCCCGCCUCAGAUACAACUACACGUACGCGUCCGACAUCGGCCUCGCGGGUAACCUCGACGACAAAGAAGGCAUGACCUUCCUCCGCUCGUCUUCCUUCAGACGCGGCAGCUCGUUCGACAAACGCUUCAACGCGCUCUGGAGCGAUAUCUCAAUGGACGACGCAAUCAUGGAGCACGAAGACCUCGCUGCUUCAUCUUCCGUCGUCGUAGGUAGACCGCCUUCGCCAUCCGUCGUCGCAGGCAGACCUCCUUCUCGCAGCUCUUCAACCUCCUUCUCCGCUGCUGCUGCCGCUGCCGCCUCUUCCUACUCUUUCAGCUCUCCCCUACCACCCCUCCCCCCUCCCGAAGCAUUCACUCCCUCCCCCGAACUCUUCUCCCUCGUCGACUCACCCCCCCGCGCCCUCACCCCUCUCCACCCCCCCGUCCAGCUCAAAUCAAACCUGUCCGCCCUAAUCACAGCCUCCCAAGCCGCCGAAAAGAACCCCUUCGAAAUCUACACCUCCGCAUCCGGCGUCGGCGAACUCAAACCGCUCCGUCUAAAAGUCUACCGCCCGUCCUCAAAGCUCCCCAAACAACCCUUCGACGUCGUCGUCAAGCCCUACGUCACCGUCGCCGACACAAUCGGCUACGCGCUCUACCGCUACUGGGAGGAGAAGCGCGAGCCGAAGCUUUCUGACGACGAGGCGGAUGUCUCGAAAUGGACGCUGCAUAUCGUCGAGGACGACGGCGAGCCGGAUCUGGAUUUCCCGGCUUUGGAUAGGACGAGGAUUAUUUCGGCUUUUAGUUUUGAUGAGUUUGCGUUGGUGGAGGCGACGCCUAGGCAGAUUGCUGAAAACCGCAAGCUUCUUGGUUCUGCAUAGAUUAUUCUUUUUUAUCUUUUUUAUCAUGGUCUGGAGU